GCACGAUCCUUGAUGCGUUUGUUCCUUCAAUCCUUAGCCCGUCUUGAAAAAUCUGCCGGAAGAUCUGCAGGAUCCUGUCGAAACGUCAUAGCCCCUGCCCAUCGACUACGUGGGGGCAUUUGUGAAGCCAAUCCAGAGAGAGUUCUCGAAAGACAUCAGAAAAUCAAUUCCCAGCACGGCCCGCGGGUGUCGUCAAUGAUUUGCCCCAUUACAUCGAGGUCAAGAUGAGUGAUGACUUCCGAUGGUAAAUUCCAUCAGGGCUAAUUGGACUCUGUAGUCAGCCCGUCAUCGCGUCGGAACCAAACCUGUGAAUGCCAAUGCUACCCCUUGGUAGUGGAACCACGGUUAUCUGGUCUGGUUCUGUGACAAGAAGCCAUGAGGCACUGGAAAGUCUGAACCAAUCAACUAGCUUCUCCCAGUCGGCUCACGAUCAUGUCCGAGUCGACCCAUCGUUAGAGCCGAGUCGUCGGUUUCAACUUCUUAUGAAAGGAGCAUUUCCUGCCCGAAGACAAGCGGCAAAUGCACUCUGAAGCUUUUCAGACAAAUUGAGAAUUUCACCGAUUUUCACACUCUGUGAAUCCCUAAGCCGUAGUUCAAGUUGUAUGUAGGAGGAUGGCAAUUAUAUCUCACGUGAUGAUCCACGUGAUCGGAUCACAAGAUGUUCUGUCCGAGACACAUCGCUGGUCCGUGCAUUCAAUAGUGCUUGAUUGAUUGGAGUUGGUUUGAGACGCGACUCCAAAGCGAAUAUCGCGUGUUAUCGAAGCGUUCAAGCAUUGUUUAUCGACUUCAUUUGCCUAAAGGACCAAUUGAUCAACCCAAUCCAGUUAGACGAUAAUCAAGGGGACAAGCCUUGCGCUUUUGCUCAACGCAUGCCUUGUUCAACAUCUCAAAUGGGUACUGUGACUUUACCAUUGUAAACACAAACAACCAAACAAACAACAAUGGCCCGCUACUCUAUCCCAACAAAGUCUCGGCUUCCAUCAUCAUUGCGAGUUGAUGCAUCUAAUCCUGCUGUUGUAAAGAGUCUCAAUAGACUCUCUCGAGAGUCUCUUAUUUCCCUGGCACUAGACUGGCUUGACGAUGAGAGUCUCCCGAAUUCUAUUCCUUACAUCGAGAGGAGGGAUGAAGACGACGAUGGAGAAAAUGACGAUCUUUACCCCCCUUGUCAAAGUAUUGGCGAAUUACAACAACUUUAUCUCGAUAUGCAGCAUCAAAAAGGGUCAAAGAGAGAUGUUGUCAGUCGUAUUGUUGAGGGCGAUUGGAGACUUGGCCUGACAUUAUACCAACUAGCCAUGGCCGACAUGGCUUAUUUCGAACAGAACCCAACGUCUCAAAAAUGGUCAGCCUAUCAGAUUCUGCCUCUAAAGCAGCCUUCACAAGAUGCCGGCGAGGACCAGGUACUCAGAGUCGACCAAGAAAGUUUGACAGUACCUCGGUUUCAUCCAUCAACGUUUCUCCAAAAUCUUCAAACCCAUGUGCUACCUGACGUCAAGGCACAUUAUCACUUUCACCGACCUAUGGCCAUACCCGUUCUACUGCUGCGCAUUCUUGUCAUAGAUUCACCCUACAACACGGAUUUUGCUCUUUCAAGUCGAAACCCAAAUGGCACAGCAACAAACUUCGACUCUUCAAGGACAGUGUACAUUGCGUUUCCUGAUGGAUCGCCUGCUUUGUACAUUACGAAAUCGCAGGCUACAGGCAACACUGGCUCAGGAGAGUCCAAGAGCUUACACAGCUUAAUCGUGGAUGGGGUACCCAAGGCUCUCUCACGCCCACGUGAACGAUACACUCUCAAAUCAGGAAACCUUCAAAGCAAGAACUUGGAUGCACUUCUAGAAAAGAAGGGAUCUGGACGCACAAACUCCGCAGGAGGUGGCUGGAGCAUUUAUUCCAAUGAAGCCACAAAGAUAUCUCCAUUGGACACCAUUAUUCCAACUCCACCCCUAUCUCGAGAAUCAUCGUCCUCAAGUCUCGGUCUCAAGCGAGGAGUGUCAUUCGCUGAAUCUGAACGAGUUGCAAAAAAAUCGAAAUUGGUUGCCAAGGCUCGGUUCGGCGAUUCAGGUCUUGUCACUGAUGGUAAAGGGGUGGAAAAGGUUGACAUCGUCAUACAGGAUCCAUUUCCUUCUGUAAGUGAAGAUACUGGUGAUGCAGAAGAGAAUGAAGAUGGUGCCACGACAGGGAGCAAGAAUCAGCGAAAGAGCAAGAUUACCGCUGUUAUUCGAGAGGCGAAUAUCGCAGCAGAGGAAGACAACGACGAUGCCACCUCUUCAGAUCGAUGGACACCGACUAUCAAAGUUACAUUUUCUGGAACGCAUGUAUGGGCUGGCGUACGGCAACUUGUAGAGGCUGGCAUAAUAGAUGGAGAGCGGAUGCCGGGGUGGAUGACAGGAGAAGAGGGUGUAACAACAGGACUUGUGAGGCAUGGAAGAAUACGUGGAUACAAGGGCUCGGGGAUGUGAAACAAAUGUUGGAUCUAUAAUGGCGGAUGGUCUAUGUCUUUUCUUCUCUAUUUGAUACCCCCAUGACAGCACGACUGGUCAGCCAAUUCUUAGCUCUCUUCAAGUCCGAAAACUGUCACUGUGUUCUUCCAUGCAGCUUCACAAACUUCCUCGAUACUAACUCCCUUGAUACCUGCAAUAAUCUUGGCGACACGCUCGAUAUUACAAGGUUCGUUGCGUCCCUUGACCAUGGCUCCCUCUUCCCACUUCUCCUUCUUGACAGUUUUGUAUCGUUCCGGUACCUCGGGCUCUUUCUUCUGGUUCUUCUUCGACUGCUUUUGCGGUUUUUGCGUAGACUCAGCGGCAGCGGCAGUCCCAUUCUGUUGGUUCUCGGUAUUGGGCGUCUCUUUCUUCUCGAUAAGAUACUUGUAGCCCUCGUGGCUUGGUCGCACCUCACACCAUGGUCCAUCGGUCUCAAUCAUAAGACGGUCGAGGUGAACUUCCUUGACAACAGCACAGUUCUCUGCAGUCUUAAAGCUGCAUCCAUUGAUGCCAAUGUAGAGACCCAAGUCCAUCAACUCGCGCAUCUCCUCAGCUGUGCCAGUGAAACUAUGCACUACGCCGCCCUUCUCCAGCUUCUCCAGCUUCUCACCAAAAGCCUCCUUCAGAAGCCGGACAAAAUCAUUGUGGGCGGCGCGAGAGUGGAGGAACAGGGGGAGCUGAGGAGAUAUCGACGCAGCAACCUGGAGCUGAGCUGCAAAAGAAUGGAGCUGGAUGCUCAUCGAACAGUAAUGCAGUCGAUCAUAGUCAAGGCCAAACUCACCCAUAGCCACAAGGCUCUUCUGGCUUGAUGCUUGGGCCUCUGUCACCAAAGAGGUCAAGUCUCUGAUGAGUUUACCGGUCUUUGUUGGGCAAGGGGGGUGCUCUUCCGAGACCGGAGCUGAAGGAUCGGGAUCACAUGGUGUUGUGUGCUCAGACUCGUGAGAAGGACCCGCUUCACUGAAGACAGAGCUGCUACAGGGAUGAAUGCCUGCAGUGCUGAAGAUAGUUCCGGCUGUGGGUGGUGUUAGUCGUGUUAUCAGAUUGACAAGCAGGGGUGAGAUUACGAUAAUCUUUGGCAAGGGUGAGGGCAUCUCGAGAGUUGCCAAGGUCUGAGCCGGUCACUAUCAGUUUUGUACAACCAACUUCACGGGCUCUUCCGAUAAUAGCAUCGAGAUCAUCGGGGUGUCGCUCUUUGCCGUGGUAUUUGCCUCGGAAGAUGGGAUCGGUCAAGUUGAUACCGAUCUACUGGUAACGCUAAGUGUUAACGGGAUCUGAUAUUGGAUACGGAUACGGAUACAUAGGGUGAUUGACAUACAUCGAUAUAUCUAGGUUUGUAACCAGAGCCCUCAACCGGCUGAGGCGUUGGUGAAGAAGCCAUGUUGCGGAAUUGCGAGGCUUGAAAUCUGAGACUCGAAGUCCUGAAACCAAUUCGUGCUGAAGAGUGAAAACAGUGAAAGAUAGGUCUCGCUGUCAUUGAUCUUGAACUUCUCUUGCUUGGCUCGAGCGUGAGUCACUGACUUGUUGCUGCCUCGCAACCGUAAUCUCUAGCUGACCUUUUUUUAGGCUCAAUAACGUAAAACCGGAAGGUAGUCUCGAUUCACAACGAUGAUUGGCUCUUUGAUCUACGUUUUCGUUCACAGUCUCAUCCUCCCGUCAACCUCAGUUCAAGGUCCAAGCUCAGUUAAUUCCACUGGGUGUUCUCCUGCUUACGUAGAGCUAAGAGACAAUUAUUAAUCUACAUGGGUCUCACGUGAUUUCGCGCCGUUGACUGUACCCCACCAAGCGCUGCAGCAACGUAAAAUGACAGGGGACGCGAGGACGCGAUGUGGGAAAGGGGAGGAAGAGCUUUGGCUCAUUGCGGGCGUAAAAUGUACGAAAUAGCCACGAAUUUCAAUAUUUCUGUCC